UGAAGUUGUAGCAGACGCCCUUUUAUAUUUAUAUUUAUUUGGGCUGUCUGUGCAUCAUAUUUCAGUAUUAUUUUUGUUCACUGUUGUGUGUUUAUAUUAAACGAGUGUAAUACCUCCCUUCGUGUCUUCUACUAGUAAUAAUAUUCAAAAGGUUCAAACUGUCGGAGUGUACAAUGGAGUGUAUUAGAGCCCAUGAAAGGCCAUCAGUUACAUUUACAGACAUAUUAAAAGAAAGACAUGAAGAAAGUGAUUUUAUGUGGGUCUCCCGAGAAUUUAAUUGGACUAAAGCUUAUAGUCUCAAUAAAAAUAUGAAAAACCCUUCAUAUCUACAAAAAGAAGUAUUGAAAAGUCAAAGAAUAUUAAGGUUAAUAAAUGAGGAAGCUAAAGAGAGAAAUGUUCAAGAAAAGGUUAUUUACCAAGAGGUAGAGAGCAUCUUGGAAGAAAUCAGCUGUUCCAAGCAGUUGCCUAUCGUACGAUGGCUAGGCUAUAUACUUCUAAAAAUAAUGAAGAGGACAAUGUCAGCUUUAUAUGUCAAUGAGGAGCGACUGUUAAAGUUAAAGGCUGAGAUGGGAACCAAUCCUGUACUAUUUGUUCCGAGCCACAGAAGUUACGCAGACUUUAUCCUCAUGGCCUUUGUGAUGUUUCACUACAGUGUGGACAUUCCCUGUGUGGCUGCUGGAAUGGAUUUCCAUUCCAUGUGGCUGAUGGGGAAGUUACUGAGAGACUGCAGUGCGUUCUUCAUGAGGCGGUCGUUUGGUGAUGACAAGCUCUACAGAACAGUGUUUGAUGAGUAUGUCAAUAAACUAGUCACCCAGGGAGAAGCUCCUGUUGAAUUCUUCAUCGAAGGAACAAGAAGUAGAUCUUCCAAGUCUCUUGCACCAAAGUAUGGUUUGUUGACUAUGGUCAUGGAUGCAUUUUAUUCUGGUCAAGUCCCAGAUAUCACUAUAGUUCCUGUUAAUAUUAGUUAUGACAGAACACUUGAAGAAGUAUUGUUCGCAUAUGAAAUGCUGGGUAUUGCCAAACCAAAAGAAUCAACAUCGGGCCUGAUCAAAGGCAUCAACAUGCUGGAUGAGAGGUACGGCAAUGUCUAUGUUCACUUCUGUGAGCCCAUCUCAGCACACCAGUACGUGUGGCAGAUGUCUGGAGGCCAAGUCAAGUAUGUGUCUCGAUCACUACAGCAGGAGCAGCUGCAGAUCAUGCACUUAGCACACGACAUCGUAGACAGACAACAGAAGCACAGUAUACUGUCAUGUUUCAACGUGUUUUCUCUAGUCCUCAGUAAUCACAUAGUGUCAUCUGACAGUCCAUUGCUUCUCUCCAAGGCUGCCGAAGACUUAGCAUGGUUGUCGUCAGUGCUGUCUGUCAUGGGAGCAUAUGUCAAACAAGACGGAAACACAUUAGAGUCACUAAAGCAAGCUAUUUCAGUCCACAAGUCUCUCGUAAGGAUUGAAGGAGAAAACAUCCAUCUUGUCUCUGUACAUUCACCACAUUACAAGAUUGACCCUGGUCGGAUUAAAGGACACAGGCUGGGCCAGGAGACUAUGUGUGCAGCAGUCCCUCUCCUUAUGUUACAGCAGUAUGUCAACUCUUGCAUGCACUUCAUUGUUGGACCCGCUAUCUAUCUGACUGUGUGCAGUCCCUCUCCUUAUGUUACAGCAGUAUGUCAACUCUUGCAUGCACUUCAUUGUUGGACCCGCUAUCUAUCUGACUGUGUGGUAUUGAUUGCAGGACACAGGCUGGGCCAGGAGACUAUGUGUGCAGCAGUCCCUCUCCUUAUGUUACAGCAGUAUGUCAACUCUUGCAUGCACUUCAUUGUUGGACCCGCUAUCAUCACCGUGGUGAUGCAACACAUGGGCGAGUCUGGCUACAUUACUAAGCGUCAACUAUUUGAAAAGUACCAGUUUCUGAGAAGACUACUUUCACAAGAGUUUGUUCUUUUCAAGGAGUGGGAAGUAAAGGAGUUUGAGGAGGCUCUACAGAGGCUUGAGCUGGUCAACAUCAUAGAGAGUGCUGCAGAAGACCAACUGACCCUGGGUAACCACAGGAAGCUGCAGCUCAUGUUGUGUAAUCUCCUGUACCCCUUCCUCUCCGGGUAUCUCUCCAUCACCAAGUACCUGCUACAGAUGAAGCCUGAAAUGUUGAACGAGAAAGUGUUGGUCCAAGGGUGUCAGGGCAAGAUAGAGGCAGACCUGCAGGCUGGCCACAUCCUUAGUCCGUACUCUCUAUCUCUGGACAUGAUAUCUUGCGCUCUCUCUUCCCUCUCACACCUUCAGGCUCUCACCAGGGCUAGGAGAAACGGAGAGGUGAAUUACAAAGUCAUGUUUGAAAGAUUAGAUUCCAUUGUGAACCAACUAGGUGAGUUAGUGGUGAGGCCUCAGAUGGAAACUGACUUCCUACAGCUGAGCUCCAAACACAGUCUGGUCGACCCCACAGCUGUCCGAGCCAAGCUGUAGACACAGUCAAGCGUUACCACUAUCAAGGAAUAAAGAAUAUGAAGAAGACGUAAGAGCAAGCUUCCCUCCACACUGUGUGUUGAGUUAUGCUCCAAAGUGUUCCAGUUCUUGAGUUUGUCAAGUUAACAAGGUUAUGCAUCUGUAUUGUAUAACAGGAAAUUACCUAAUUGUAAAUGUUGCAAACGUUAUUAGAUAUUCUUAUAGGCUUGAUGUUUUUUUUUCUAUUAUCCAAAAUAAAAUUGUUUCAUGUUUUCAGUGAAAACACUAGAGAGAUACCCUAGAUGUAGAGGUUUUUAGUUUUAAGUGAUGUAUAGAUUUGCAUUUAAUGAUAUUUUGGGAAUGUUGAAAAUUAAUUAAGAUAAAUAUUGUGUUAAAAAAAACGUUUAAGAUAUACCUUUUGUGCUUUGUGAAUGCUUUUUAUAAUGUAUCACCAGAAAUAACUGAUGUUGAAGUUAAGCAUAUUUAAAGCAAGUAAAGCACCCAAGAAGCAAAAUAUUUUAAACUUGUACUCGUAAUGUAAAAUGUUAACACCACCUACCUAUCAAUAAUAUUUAAAAUGCUGAUCAUUUGGUUAGAUAUAUUUUUAUAACAAUAUGCCCCUUGGUAAUAAGUAGGUGAAUGUUAUGGUGGUACAAUAAGUACUCAGUAAACAAACACCAGUCUUAUAUGUUGCUUAAGUGGCUAUAACUCACAUACACUUCACAACUGACUUAGAUAGUUUAUAAACUAUCAACAUAUAAUAUUUGAUUUUCUUAAGUAUUUAGUGUGAACAGUGUUUUUUAAAAGGCCCUCAAAACAUAUUUGUAUAUUUAUAAGUGUUCUGUUGGUGUUUACUGACCAACUAACUUAAUUAACUAAUUACAUAAUUAUCUUUGUGUAUUGUGAGAAAUGUUAUACAUUAUAUAGGGCGAGAACACAAGAAAAUAAUUGUAUAAUCGAUAAAUUAUCAUAAAAGAGUUUUAUUCUUUUUAUUAAAUCAAUAAUCAUUGUUACUAAUGCAAUAAGUCUAAUUUUUGGCCCCCGUGUUGUGAAAGUAAAACACUAUCUAGCAGAAACCAAAUCCUUUAUUGUAAUUAGGCACAACAACCAUGCAAUAGACUUGUCAAUGCACUUUUGCAAGUAAACUAACUCUCCAGAUGUAGGUAUAAACCAACUUUGAUGUCCUUGAUUUUUAAGGAAAUAAUCAAAUGUACACAAAAGUAAUUAAAAAACUAUGUACAUUGUAUGCAUUUCAAAUAAUAUACUGUUUUACGGCCUAAUUGACAUUGAAGAGGUGCAUUUAUCAUUGUAUACUGUACUAUUAAAGAAAGAUAAUUGUUUUGGUUCAAAGUUUGUAGGAAUGAUCACUUGAAUACUUUUCAGUAAUCAUUUAUAUGGUUCACAUUUUCACUAAACAAUAAAAUAAAAUUUCAGCCACAGCCUUCUGGUAAUGGUUGAUACAGUAAUGUCACUUAAUCGUUAUAUGUGACAUCCAAUACCUUCUUUUUUGUAUUAGUCUUCAGAUUUUUGUCUAAAGAUAACGAUUUUUGGGCAAACAAACUCACCAAUGAUACCAAUCAUAUUAUAAGUAAUUGGAUUAAUCUGUUGAGAAUAUAUUUCCAUUUUAGUUUUGUAGAAUCUAAUUUAGAUUUAUUCACGUGUUCAAACUAGUAGUUUGCCGUGUGCCAUAUUUAAUAUAUUCUAAAAACUAAUCUUAGAUGAAAAUACACUUUUUGCAGAAUCAUUUGUUAUCAACUAGUGUAAACAUCUAAUGAAGUCUCAAUGGCUUAUUAACAAACUUGGACAUAACACUUAAAUUCAUGAUUUAUUAUUUUUCUCGUAUGAUAGUUUUAUAAUAAUGAUCUCAAGCCCUGAUUAUUUCAGACUUAAGUAUUUUCUUUUAGAGAAGUAGAUAUUAUCGUAAGUCCUAGGUACGAGACCGUUGCACUUUUUAGUUUUUUCAUACCUUAGCUGCAUUUGUUGUAUUAAUUGUUGGUCCAGUACUGUACUCAUUUAACUUUUCAAACAGUUUUAGAAAAUUUGGACAGAAAAAAUAUGUGUGUAAGAGUAAAUAAAUAAGCCUCAAUAUAUACAAAAAAAUUGAAAUUGGAACAAGGUUUAAGUACUUAAAUAUAAAUUAAUUAAUUACUACUGGAAAUGCAAAUAAAUAAUAACAUAUAAAUCUAUUGAAUCCGUUGGCCAAUAAUCACUUAUAAAUUCAAGAUCAACAAACUAGUUCCAUUACUUUUGUUAAGCUGGAUGACUGUAUGUCGAGGGUUUGAAUGUUGAUAUUGGUUUUAUGUCCGUGGCAGUUUGGUGGGAGAGGCCAUCCUAUAGUAGAUGGUAUGUGGCUCAUAUGGAAGUUAACAGUGGGUGGGUUCUUUGUGAUUUUCACCUUUGAUAGAGUAUUUUGUGAAGUUUGCACUUUAUGUUUGUGUCUCUAAUAGGAACUUUUUAUACAAGAAAUUGUAUUUCCUGACAAAAAAAUAAAAAGAGAUUUUGUGUUAGAAAAGGGGGAUUGUUUUUGUUAAAAUAGGCACAGUUACAGUAAAUCAAUAAAUAAUUCCUGGGGUUCAUAAGAAUAUUUGCUUCCCUAGAACAACAAUACUGUUAAUUUAUAAGUGUAUCCGUAAAAUGACCCUCAAUAGAGUUUGACAAUUAGUUUUACUCUAAGUCUGCCACUCAAACCUCUGUUUCUAAAAGGAAUUAAGGAUUCAAUUCAUCAUAAAAUAUUUUAAAAUUCAUAUUACUAUUACUUAUAAAUACUAAUCUAGUCAAACUUUGGUUUUUAACGAUUAGUGGUUUGUUUUAUCUUCUUUUUAGUUUAAUAAUACAGGUUUAGAAUAAUGUGUGGUAAAUAAGUUAAUGACUGAAUUUAUUGUGUCCUUACUUUUUUUCUUGGAAGCUUUAGUGAAGUUGUGUAUUAGCUAUGCCUGAUAUGUUAUUUUUAAUGUGUCUACAAAUGUAUGUUAUAUUGCCAGUGGCAAUGAUGUGUUAACGAAACAUAAGAAACCAUAAAUUGCAUCCAAGCUGAGUUCAUCAGAUAAAGCCUGUUGAACAUCAUUACAAAUCAUCACAUUUUAAAAUGGUUUACUGCUUAAAACUUAAUUCUAAUUAUUGCUUAGAUCCCAACUGUGUUAUUAAUAAUAGUUUUGUUAGUGUAUAGUACCCUGAGCAAAUAGUGCUCUACCACUGCUUUGUUUGUUACCAAUAAAUUUAUCUAAUUUA